UUCAACUACUUUCCGUCAAAUUCGCGGCAAAGAUCUUGUUGGAAUUUCUAUAUUUUCUUCCUCUAUUUAAUUUAACUCUGAGAUAUUAGUGCUAUCGGUCAAUAUGUCUAGCGUUUACAUACUCAACCGAUCUACAUUGCCAAUGGGAGCCAGCGAUUUUCAACCCACCGACAGCCGAUAUACAGACAAUGCUCUUGAAGAGCUCAACAAUGCUCAAUUGUUUAAGAUUCUCGAAGAAGCAAAAAAAGAGGUCACUAACUUUCAACUAGAAAAUUUCCUCCUCGAAGACUUUCUCAAUAAAAAUGACCCAAAGUUGUUAAUCGGGGUAACGAAUGCUUUGCAAUUUAGCCACAAGACUGCUAGAAUUCAUUUUGCUGGGGUGAAUACUGGAUCACGCGAUCGCAACGAAGAACCAUAUUUUCGGGCACGGAGUACAGAUAGGGGUAGUUUUAGUGGCAUGAUGGGAGAUGACUCUUCUUCAAUGAAAACAACUACCUCCUUUUCACGGCGGGCUGGAACAUCUGUGCGUACAAUCGAGUCGCCACGCAACACUGUUGAGUUUCGGAUUAACUACAGUAUGAAAAUAGAACUCGCUGAGAAGCUUUGUGAUGAAAUCAAUGAGAAAUUGGUUGCAAUCGAAGCAAAAACUUUAUCCGAAAUGAAGGACUUAACGGCUAGUAUACAAGAGUGGGCAAUGAGCAAUGCAGAAGCAAUUCAGUCUAAAGACGCUUUCCAAAAAUUCACUGCCGCUCACCUGCUCGACCAAAUAAAUUCCCGCAUUCCAGCUGAGAAAUUCAUUCGCUAUAUCAACGACUGGUUGAAGAAUGGAAUGGCCUUAGUGGGAAAAAUUCGGCUUCGCUUAACGGCGCUCAAACAACAAUACCACAGUCAAAAAAUUAUACUCAGCAAAAAAGCAGAUUUAAGUGUCAUAUUGCGCCCUAUUGACUUUGAACAGCUUCAAAUCGAGCGAUCUGAUUUUAAAAAAGAAAUCGACGAGAAAAACAACCAUUUGAUGGCACUAAAAAAAGUAACAGGACGUGCAGCGCUUGUACUCAACCAGAACCAAAAGAAGCUCAAACUAACAGAAAGUCACUACAGAAAACUUGUUUCUGAAGCAUUGGCUAUUGAGGAGCAUAUUGCCCGGCUGGAAAAGGAAGGCACGUUGGUUCAAAACGAUCUCAUCAGCUGCGAAGAAAGCAUUGAGAAAUUACAGACAGAUAUUGACGAUUACGUCGCUCCUAGCACUCUAGAUUAUGUUAAUAAAAAGCAUGAACUAUUGUGUCUUGAAAAAGAGAUGAAGUUCUUUAAGAGACAAAUUUAUAUAUUGAAUAUUAAACUGUCUAACGCUAGAGCGAAGUGGCGAAAAUCUCUAACAGGAGUCGAAUUUACAAACAAAACUGGGAAUGAAUUAAAAAUAUUCGAAUGCGAAUGAUUUCGUCAAUUAUUUAUUAUGAAUAAGAAACGAACGAUCUGUGAAUUCCCUCGUGGUAUUGCAAAGGAAAAGAAAUAUCAUUAAAUUAUCUAAAUUUUAUUCCCUAUUUCUUUACGGAGACUCAUCUUAUGUAUGCCAUUAUUUACAAAUACCCAAUAUAUAAAAUAUUGUAACAAAUUAAUGAUCCCUCCAAUUGUAAUUUAAUAGAUAAAUACACAGUACGCUGAAGAAGAAUUGGGUUACUAUCCACAGCGGUAUUAAUAAGCUUAAUUAAAAUUUCCAAAUUUCAUAUUUGUGGCCUGUAUGUUGCUCUUA